UUUACUUCCGGUUUGAAAAAAAAUAUCACGGGACUAUCACCAAUCUGGUGGUAACCGGUAAAUACUCUUUAUAUCUCAUGCCAUUGUCUUUGUCAUUAAUUCGACAUAUUGAUAUAAUCAAGACAAGUUUAUAGUCACAUACAGACAACUCAUGAAAGCGAGCUCCCUUCAACACCAAUGCAAAGAAUGAAUUCAUCAACGACUGGAUCCUUCAAUGAGGGCGAUGAUGAACAUUCACCUUUAGUAUCGGGACAGUCGUCCCCACGGACACGCUUGGUUUGGCAGAUGUCACAGUCCAAUGCCUACCUUAUACCAGAUGCCAAUGAUGGAAAUCCUGCCAGACCUAGGUCCAGUAAUAGAACUUUGGGCACUUUUGCUGGUGUAUUUUGUCCAGUGGCAUUGUCAAUGUUUAGUACUCUUCUGUUUCUGAGAGCAGGUUUUGUGGUUGGUCAAGCAGGAAUACUUGAAAUCAUGCUACAGCUUAUAUUGGCUUACUUUAUUUUAAUGAUGACAGUGCUGUCAAUCUGCGCAAUUUCGACCAAUGGGGCAGUAGAAGGAGGAGGAGCCUAUUAUAUGAUAAGCAGGGCUUUAGGUCCAGAAUUUGGUGGCAGUAUUGGAUUUUUGUUUUUUGUAGCCAAUAUUUUAGCAUGUGGACUUUACGUGACAGGAUUCGUUGAAGCUGUCCUGGACAGUUUUGGUCCAAAAGGAAGCAUGAUAUCAGAUGGAGGGGCCUAUUUACCUCUAGACGACAAGGAAUGGUAUAAGUACUUGUAUUCAUCUGUAGUCCUAUUUUUCUGUUUGGCCAUUUGUAUGAUUGGAGGGAGUAUGUUUGCUAAGACUUUAAUAGUUAUUUUUAUGAUUACUGUGAUUUGUACACUGUCAGUAUACAUCAGUAUAUUUGCAAAGAGUGAGAGAAAGUUGAUACAGAACCCUAGGAUUGACAUGUUAGACAAGAGGAAUGAAUCGUGUGCUAAUCAUACCUUUUAUACUGGUCUCUCUGGAACAACGUUUAAAGAUAAUUUGUAUGAACAGUAUGGUAGAGACUACAUAACACGUGACAAGAUGGAUUUUGCCACAGUAUUUUCUAUUUUAUUCAGUAGUGUAACUGGUAUCCUGAAUGGAGCUAACAUGUCAGGAGAGUUAAAGGACCCAAGUAAAGCCAUUCCUAAAGGCACCCUGUCAGCUGUUACUUUCACUUUUGCGACCUAUUUUAUUCUAAUGGUAUUGGUUGGUGCUUCUUGUGAUAGGUGUCUUCUGCUGAAUGAUUAUCUGUUUCUACAAUCCAUUAACCUGUGGAGUCCAUUCAUACUGAUAGGUAUAUUUGCUGCGACCCUGUCUGCAGCUUUAGGAAAUCUGAUUGGAGCAUCUAGAAUCUUACAGGCUUUAGCAAAUGAUGAAUUAUUUUGGUGGGUUUUAAGGCCUGCUACAAAGGUUACCAGGGGAGGUAAUCCAUACAUUGCUGUGUUGAUAUCCUGGUUCCUUGUUCAGAUAGUAUUAUUAGUAGGAUCACUGAAUGCCAUAGCUCCAGCAGCCUCUGUGUUCUUCCUUCUGUCCUAUGCCUCAGUCAAUCUGGCAUGUCUGGCAUUAGAGUUAGCAUCAGCUCCUAACUUCAGGCCAACGUUUAAUAUAUUCACCUGGCAUACCUGUGUUCUGGGGAUGAUUGGAUCAAUGGUCAUGUGUUUUUUAGUCAGCGCUAUGUACAGUUCUAUAGCAAUUAUUGUCAUGCUGUUAUUGGUUAUUUUACUUCACUUUAAAUCAGUACCAUCAGAAUGGGGCUCUAUAAGUCAAGCUUUGAUCUUCCAUCAAGUGAGGAAGUAUUUGCUAAUGCUGGAUCCAAGGAAAGCCCAUAUAAAAUACUGGAGACCACAAAUACUGUUAAUGGUAGCCCAUCCAAGACAGGCCUGUGAACUUAUUCAUUUCAUCAAUGAUAUAAAAAAAGGAGGACUUUUCAUUGUAGGCCAUGUUAAAAUUGGGUCUUUGGAUAAAUUUGAUUAUGACCCAGUUCAGACAGAAUAUCCCCAGUGGAUGAGUCUGAUUGAUAAACUUAAAGUGAAAGCCUUCGCUGAAUUAACAUUGGCUAAUACUGUUUCAGAAGGUCUAGCACAUUUAAUAAGACUUUCAGGUUUAGGUGGAAUGAAACCAAAUACUGUUUGCCUGGGAUUUUAUGAUGAUGCAAAACCUGUCGAUUCUUUAGUGAAAUGUAUGAGGAGAAAAAGACGAUUCUUUUCAUCGGAAGAAAUUAAUUCCUCUAAUGAUGUGGACAUGAUGUUCGAUAACCUUCCAAUUAGAAGUGAAAGAAGUCACAAGCACCAGAGCCCAUCAGAUUAUGUGAAGAUGAUAUAUGAUUCAUUAAAAUUACAGAAAAAUGUCUGUAUAUGUAGGCAUUUUAACCAGCUUGAUAAAUCUAUGAUUUUAAAGUCAACCACUGAAUAUUAUAUUGAUGUAUGGCCUUUGAACUUAUUCAGACCAUACACAGCUAGUAUUUUUGAUGACACAUGUUUAUUCAUGCUUCAGUUAGCAUGUAUACUUGACAUGGUUCCAGGAUGGAAAUCCAAAACAUAUCUUAGGGUCAUGCUGUGUACCAACAAUGAAGGCGUUGCAGGUAAAAAUGUUGAAACAAAACUAGACAAGGUUUUGAAAACCUUCCGAAUUCCAGCAAAAAUCCAGCCGAUAUCCUUGGACCUUGGAGAAUCGUACAAAGAUUUAUCUGAAGAUGAGGACCACCAGAUGACUCUAUACAAAUCUAUACCAGAACAUAUAGUUCAAAAAAUAAACACUAGGGUUAAAGAAUGUUCCAAAAAGACUGCCGUGACUUUUAUGUACUUACCAAGACCACCUCAGGACACAACCGGCCAGCUUGAAUAUCUACUGAGUCUUACUGCCCUAACCAAUGACCUUCCUCCAACAGUGCUUGUUCAUGGGUUAAAUCCAGUUAUAUCAACAACGCUAUAAUAUUUACUUUAAGACCAAAGAAAAAAUUGUGAUAUUUAAUAAUGCCUUAUUGUAUGAUUUGUAUGAAGAAAAAUUAUGAAGAUGUAAUGUGAUUUUUAAUUGAACAGGGUUAUCAUGUGUUCACUAAUAUUUGUGUUAUUUUCACAUUUCUUGAGCAGAGUGAGAUAUGAUUUUUCUCCUCACUAGUGAAAUAUCUGUAGUCUGUUCUCAGCAAAUGAUUGAAAUUUAAUUAUGACUUAAAAUUUUCUUGAUUUCUUCUGAAUUUCCUAUUGUGACAUCCUGAAAAAUUGCCACCAUGCUUGAUGACUUCACAUAAAUAGGUAACACAACUUUCUGUAAAUGUUUGAAAAGGAACAAAAAAAAUCAUAAGGGAAACAGAUUCCACCAUUAAAACUCAUGUAUUUAAGACAUUUCUCAACUGUCAACAGUUAAAUUUUAGCUAUUUAAAAUAUCGGCAAGCCUUGGGGUUUUUUAGAAUUAAAAAUCUUACUGUCUCGGGUAGAGAAAUAUUGUAACACACUUGUUACUGUGAUGGAAUCUAUAUUACCUGACAAUGAACCAGUUCUAGGAGACAAACUUCCUCUUUUUCCUUAAUUUAUUUUUAAAUUAAUCCUCUUUGACCUGUCACCUUAGAGAAAUGACAAGUUCUCUGUCUUAGACAAAUGAUCAACCUGUUUUCACCCCUUUUCAUCAUUUGUGGUGUUUUUAUAAUAUUUUCUGUAAUUGAGUUAAACUGUAUUGCAAAAAUAAUUCUUAUUUGCACAGUUAAAACCAUAUUUUCAAAAUUUCUUCUUCAAGAUAUAGAAAAGUAUUGGAAAUGAAUAUUUCCAUUUCUAAUGAUGUUUUCUCGGGUUUCUGUUGUGUACAAAUAAAUAUUGAUUAAUCAAUUUUUCUAACAAUCUUCAUUUUAUUGCGAUUAUUCUAAAAUAUUUGUAAAACACUACUACUACUUAUAAAUAAGAGAUAUUUAUGUAAUUUUGUUUUGGAAUUUUAUUAUUCUGUAAUUUAAAGAAUACCUAGGAUCAUAAAAUCUUUUGUUUGUAAAUAGUUAUCAAAGGUACCAGGAUUAUAAUUUAGUAAUAAAGACCACAAAAAAAAACCCAGUGCAAAGUACUUUUUGAUGAUUUUCUUAAGAACCUUACAUUAUUGGACCAAACACUGAAAUUCUUAUGACAUUUUAUCUACUUUAUAAUAGAUAUUGAAACCUUUUUAUUUGUAAAUAAAGAGUAAGCACAAAGGGCAAAGACAAUAGAGCAAUGUACUUUUUGAUGAUAUUUCAAACAGAUAUAAAUAUCUGGGUCAAAUGUGGUGGCAACCUUAAUGCUUGAACACAAGCACAUCAGCCCAUGCUUGUUAAAUAUGCGUGUAAGUAUUUAGGAAAAUUAUACAAACUUAAAAUAAAUGAUUAAAGGAAUAGAAUUAUUUUUGAAUACCACAUUUCUACUAAUAGCCAAAUAGAGUAUUGUUAAGGCAAUAUUACCAUUGCAAAAUUUGAUGAUAUAAAUAUGAGGAGAUGUGGUAUGAUUGACAAUGAUCAAUGAUGUCAGAUAUUCAAAUUACCAUUUUUUUCAAACUAAUAGGGAGAUAAAACAACAUUUCCAUAUCAAGUUGGUGCUGACCUUUCAUAAGGAAUACCAUUAAUGGAAUAUGUAAAUGAAUAUAUGCAAUUAAUUUUUUUAUUAUUAUUAUUUACUGCCUGAGAGAUUAUUGUUGUUAUAGAAAAUGUUUGAUUUAUUAAUGAAUCUAGUACUGGUAUACUGUAAAUCAAUUUUUUUUGUGGAUAACUUAUUUCAUGUUACGUCCUUACUAGGAAUUUUGCUGUAAUUUAAUUUCCCGAUUUUUAAAUUUGCUUGAUGUAGUUAAAUAAGAAAAGAUCCAUGUUUUACAUAUUCUCGAUGAUUUGUAUUCAAAUUAUUUUUUGUUAUGAAAUUAGUGAAAAUAUAUUGCUUGCGUAAAUUAGUUGGUUUAAUACUGUAGGUAAAAUGUAUGUACAUAUUGUCUGUAAACAUAUAAAUGUAAAAUACAUUUAUAAAUACUGCCAAUAAACACUCUGUCUCAAGUUAUUCAUAAACUUCCACCCAUCCACAAGUCCUAUAAGCACAGUAAACCUUCUCAAAAACAUUGAAGUUAAUAAUAUUGUACAGCCUCAAACUUUGUCUUGGAUAAGUACUGUAAAACCAACUUAUUUUUGCGGAUACUUUAUUUUGAGUUUCACCCUUUGUAAACUAUUUCGCGGUAUAUAGUUUAAUAAGGAAAGAUCUUAGUUGUACAUAUUUGUGACGAUUUGUAUUCGGGUUAAUUUUCUACUCACGAAAGUCACGAAAAGAAAUAGCUCGUGAAAAUAAGUGGGAUACAGAAUUUCAUAAUAACCAGUAUUCACCAGUAAAACCAGUAAAAGUCAAGUUUUUCAAGUAUUUCCACUGUUCUGGCCAAUACUCAUAAAACCAGACUAUUGCCAACUCUGGUCUGGUAUCAGGAUAGUGCAAUAUUAUAUGUUAUAGAACUUCAGAUCAUAAUUUCAAAAAUGUAAACACUUAAAAAAUGAUUUUUUUUUUAUUGUUUUUAAUAGUAUUUCAAUAGAUCACUUUCGAGUUUGUCCGUCUCCAGAAAAAAACUCAUCAAUAAUGCAUGCCUUUACGAUGUCAUUAACCAGAUAGAGGGGAACGCCUUUACUCCUGCACUAUAUGAAAGUUCAUUAAGAGUCUAAACUAAAAUUGAUAUUUGUUCUGUAGGUACUUAUUCACAAUUCCCAAAUGACAGCAGUGCUGAAAAACAAAUAUGAGAAUUCAAUUUGCAAGAUAAUUCAUGCAAUAUAGCUUUAUAGUUUUCCAACCACUCGCUAAACAUUGGAAUUGAAGUGACUAUGCCCCUAAACCCACGUAUGUUGUUCACUAAAGCCAAAGUUUUAUGAUGGAAAUGCAUCGAACUCGAAAGUUGUCUUUUAAGUAUGAUGAUAUAAUUUUUGUUAUGCCCCACCUACGAUAGUAGAGGGGCAUUAUGUGUUCUGGUCUGUGCCUCCCUAUGUCGGUCCGUCUGUGCGUCUGUUCGCUUCAGGUUAAAGUUUUUGGUUGAGGUAGUUUUUGAUGAAGCUGAAGUCCAAUCAACUUGAAACUUAAUACACAUGUUCCCCAUAAUAUGAUCUUCCUAAUUUUAAUGCCAAAUUAUAGUUUUGACCCCCAAUUUUAUGGUCCACUGAACAUAGAAAAUGAUAGUGCAAAGUUCAGGUUUAAGUUUUUGGUCAAGGUAGUUUUGAUGAAGUUAAAGUCACAUCAACUUGAAACUUAGUACACAUGUUCCCUAUGAUAUGAUCUUUCUAAUUUAAAUUCCAAAUUAAAGUUUUGACCCCAAUUUCACGGUCCACUAAAAAGAAAAUGAUAGUGCGAAUGGGGCAUCCGUGUACUAUGGACACAUUCUUGUUUAAAUUGAUCAGGUCAACAAAAUGUGUUAGAUUAGUAUUCAGGGAUGUACACCUAUUGCUUCAACAAAUAUUCAAGAAACAAUUAUUCCUUCACAUUGUUGCAUGUUUAAAAUAUACAAAUACUGUUCCAACACUUGUUUUUGGAAAGAGUGUUCAAACAAUAUUCCAAUUUAUAAAAAGUCUAUGGGCUGGUAGAAAUUUAAAGAUUUUUGAGCAGUAGUUGACAAAGCCAUACUCAAAAUAUGUUCAUGUUUAUACAUCUACUCCGCCAUGUAUACUAUAUUAAAUGUUUCUUUUUGGUGCAAUGUAUUUCAAUUUUUACUAUUGAAAUAAAUUUAUAAUUUCAUAUUUUAUUUAAAAAAAGUCUUAUAAUUUCA